AUGAUUGAUUUGAAUCAACCUCCUCCAAUCAUAGACCAUGAAUUGUACAACAAAGAAGGAGACAUUUCAAUUUCAGUGUCGUCUUCUUCAUCAAGAAACCUCAUUAUUGAACUAAAUGGAGAAAACCAUGGGAUUGAAUAUCCUGUUAUAGAACUCGACGUGCAUGAACUUAGGGAAGAUGGCGAUAGAGCAUUAUCAGAUUCAUCAGAUGAAGAGAUGGUUACCGAGCAAAUUGAGGAUUCUGCACCGCCAUCUAUGAUUGUGGAAAGCACAGAAAUUGUACCAAACCAACAAACUGAUGAUCAAGGUACUAUUCGAGGAAGGAAAAGAAGGGUUCUAACAAAUGCAGAACGAUGGGCAAUUUACCGCACCUUAUUGGCGAAGAGUGUGAAUGGAAAAUUGAAGCUGAACACGACAAAAGAGGUGCAACAUAUGUACAAUAUCAAGAAUGUACGAACAGUGCAGAGAAUAUGGAAAAUUCACAAGACAACUCCAGCAAACAUAGAUGUGGAUGUUUCGUCAAGGAAGGCCAAAAAUUGUGGUCGUAAAAGGAUUGAGAUUGAUUUAACUCGGGUCCACGAAAUAGAGUUGCAUCGACGAACAACACUAGCUUCUCUUUCGGAUGCUUUGGGAGUUAGCUACUCAAAACUAUAUCGUCUUUUUAAACAAGGUUUUCUCCGUCGUCACUCCAGUGCUAUAAAGCCACAUUUGAAAGAAGAGAAUAAAAUAUCCCGGCUAAGGUUUUGUUUGUCGAUGUUGGAUGACAACAGUAUGGUGAAUGACUAUAAGUUUAAGGGAAUGUACGACUACGUUCAUAUUGAUGAGAAGUGGUUCUACUUGACGAAAAAUGAUCAAACGUAUUACUUACUCCCCAACGAAGAGGAUCCUGAUCGAUCAUGUCAAAGUAAAAAUUUCAUUGCGAAGGUCAUGUUUUUAGCAGCCACGGCUCGUCCCAGAUUUGAUAAUGACGGAAAUGAAAUAUUUGAUGGAAAAAUAGGAUGUUGGCCAUUUGUCACUGAACAACCGGCUCAAAGAAGCAGCAGAAAUCGAGAUGCUGGCACUAUGGAGAUGAAGGCAAUUACAUCUAUUAAGAGGGAGACUAUAAAAUCAUUUUUAAUUGAAAAGGUCAUUCCCGCAAUUCAAGAGAAGUGGCCAAGAACGGAACAAGGAGAAACUAUUUUCAUCCAACAAGACAAUGCAAGGACACAUAUUCCUUCUGAUGAUCCCGAUUUCUUAGCCGCUAUUUCACGUUCUGGCUUAGACAUUCGGUUAACUUGCCAACCCCCGAACUCUCCAGAUUUUAACAUACUUGACCUUGGAUUUUUUAGAGCCAUACAAUCGUUGCAACAGAAAAUGCGUGCAAGAAAUAUUCGAGAGCUUGUUUAUGCAGUAGAAAAAGCAUUCUAUGACUAUUCUCCCGUCAAGAUAAAUCAUGUGUGGUUAACAUUACAACUAUGUUUGAAGGAAUCCAUGAAAUUAGGAGGAGGAAAUCGAUAUAAAAUUCCUCACAUGAACAAAGAACGGCUACAAAAGCAAGGGUGUCUUCCUACUCAAAUUUGA